AUGUCACCUUGGCGAAGCUUAGUGAAACCGAUCGUCCCAAGAACCAUUGGUGCAAUUUUUAGACGAAAUUUUUCGCAAGCCAUUAAGGGAACGGAAAAAUGUGCCAGCCCACCUUCAAAGGGUCUGGUACUCGGUAUCUACGUAGACGAGGAUGAUGUCUUCGAUUCGGGAACGCUAACACCAGCUGCGGCUAGAUAUAAUGAGGCCCUAACAAACGGUCGCCUGCUCGAGCUGAUCCAUCUAGCCGGACCGAUACCGAAACGCGGAGAGGUACGAAUUUUCUAUGAUCUUGAACCGACGUUUAAAGCGGUUGCUGUUUGCGGACUUGGUAGCGAUUGCCUUGGUUACGAGUCGUCGGAAAAGCUAGAUGAGUCCAAGGAAGCGAUUCGAGUUGCAACAGCUAGCGGAUGCCGCGAGUUGCAGCGCUUGGAGACCAACUUCAUCUACGUGGAAGACAUGGGACACGCAGAAUCGGCAGCAGAGGGAGCACACAUGGGUAUCUGGAUAAAUCAAGAGUUAAAGAAAAUCGAGAAGCGAAUGUUUGUUCCACACUGUCAGCUGCAUAUCGACCGUGCGCUUCCAUGUGAUUCCGAUGGUUGGCGAAUCGGUGCAAUCAAGGCGGAAGCACAGAAUUUAGCAAGGCAGCUGCAGGAAAUGCCCCCGAACUUAAUGACCCCGACAACGUUUGCGCAAAACGUGGUGCAGAUCUUGGCCAACUCUGGAGUGAAUGUGGAAGUAAAGGUACGCAGUUGGGCCGAAGCUCAAGGUAUGAGUUCAUUUUUGGCUGUCGCCAAAGGGUCUUGUGAACCACCGAUAUUUUUGGAACUAAGCUAUUAUGGCGCCGGUAGCAAGGAACGACCAAUAGUGUUAGUCGGUCAAGGAAAUACAUUCGACAGUGGUGGUCUAUGCAUUAAGACCUGUAAAGGACAGCAAAUGAUGCGAGGUGAUAUGUCGGGAGCGGCGUGUGUAGUUGCUGCCUGUCGAGCGAUAGCAUCUAUGAAGUUACCGGUAAAUAUCCGUGGCUUGAUUCCACUUUGCGAGCAUAUGAUUGGUUGUAACGCAAUAAAGCCCGGAGAUGUGAUAUCCGUGAAGAAUGGUAAAAACAUUGAGGUUGUAGACGUAGAUCGUGAAGGCCCUCUGGUUUUGAUUGAUGCGCUACUCUACGCUGAAACGUUCGGACCUAAAUAUAUCAUAGAUGUCUCAACAACUUCCGAGUCUGUACUUGACUCUUUCGGUAAAGUUUGCAGUGCUGUAUUCACCAAUUCGGAAGCGCUUUGGCAACGCAUCAAGAGCGCUGGCGUCCACACAGGCGAUCGUGUGUGGCGCCUUCCGUUGUGGGAUUAUUUUACUGAACAAAUUCGCUCGGUGGAACACGUGGAUGUACAGAAUGUCGGACGAUGCGUGGGUGGCGAACCCUGCUGUCAGGCAGCAUUUUUACGCGAGUUUUUACCAUGCGGCCAGUGGAUGCACGUUGAUGCCAACAACGUAAUGACAACGUUGGGAGUUGACUAUCCCUAUCUUCGGCACGGGAUGGCCGGAAGGCCAACUAGAACAUUGAUCGAGUUUAUCGCCCAGAGCAUUUGCAAGGAAUCGGAUAUUUGUGUGCAACGAACGCAGGAAAAGCCCUAA